AUGUCCGCGACUCUGACUGCGACGCAACAUUCUUUCCCGCACAUCUUCUUGUCGCCAGAGGCCGAGGCUGACUUAGAGCGAAGCACGCUCUUUGAGGCGAAGAGGGACCACAACCAGAAGACGCUGCUGGAGUAUGGCCUGCACCUCGGCCUGAACUCCAAGAGGCUCUUGAUCCUGUCGGUGGGCUCCUCCUCCACGCAGGCGUACGAUGCUUCUGGCCUCAGUUUCUCGGUUCAUGCGGGCACGAAGGUCUGCUCACAGGAGGCUUUGCGGAAGCUGGAGGAGAAACUGAAAGCUGAGGCUCGCGACUAUGACUGCGUCCUGCUCAUCAACUCGAUAGGCUAUGCGGUGAAGCCCGAGAUCACCCACCUGGUGGACCUGAAGGACGUGGAGGAAACCCGGGAGCUGCCGGGAGUGCCACCUUUGAGGGCUUCCCUGGAGAGGGCCCUCCCAAAGGCAGAGAAGAAGGUGGUGAGUCGUCACAAGGCUUCCAAGGGGUACCGAUGUUCUCAGUUGAUCAAUGACUUCAGUGUGGCUUUGGCUGAGGGUGUCUUGGCUGAGUACACCGCUGAUGUGAUCGUGGAUUGGGGUGGCGCCAGUUUCAAGGUCUUCCUGAAGGGCCAGAAGAUCGGGUCAGAGCGCAUGGAUGCCAACGAACUCCUCUGCAGCAGCGGGAAGCUGGACAACAAGCGUCUGCAGGAGCUGAUGCACCAGAUAGAGACGAAAGUGACUAAACUCCUUGAGGAGCAGGAAGAUGUGCCGGCUGCGUGCAAGGUGCUGAUUGUGCAGACAGGCCAGGCUCGCGAGCUGCAUUACCGCAACCAAGAUGCCAGUAAUCCUCAGGUCGGCGAGAAGCGGAAACUCCAGGAAUAG